AUGGGAGCUAGUUGCCGCGAUCAAAAAAAGGCUGUUGCUAUUUGUUUACAAAGAUCUCCAUGCGUUAUGAUCGAACGGCAUACGCCACAACAGUGCUUUGAUGAUCCUGUCCUGAAGAAAGAGCUUCCAGAACUUUGUAUCAUGCAAAUGAAGGCCUUCCUCGAUUGCAAAAGAGGUAUGGUAGACAUGACCAAAAGAUUUACAGGAAAUGCACCUUUAUCAACCGGAAAGUAUGAUCAGCAAUAUGAAAAACUCUGUUCGGGAGAUUUCGAUCCAAGAGAAGAACUGAAUAAGCUGAAUGCUUUAAAUAGUAAUGACAAAAAAUGA